AUGGUUUUUCCAGAUGUUCCUGAACCAACGCUAAAAGAAGAUCAAGUUUUAAUUGAAAUAAAGGCUAUUGCUUUAAAUUUCUUUGAUAUUUUACAAGUUCAAGGAAAACAUCAAGCUAAACCAUCUUUUCCAUUUAUUCCUGGAGGAGAUCGAGUUUUUGGUAGUAGUUUGGGAUGCUUUGCAGAACGAAUUGCUAUUUCAUGUAAAAAUGUUCAUUUAAUACCUGAUCAUGAUAUGAGUUAUGAAGAAGCUGCUGGUAUAUUUGUUACUUAUCCUACAAGUUAUGCUGGUUUAGUCGUUAGAGGAAAUUUAAAAAAAGCAGCUGGAGGUGUCGGUAUAGCUGCUGUACAAAUAGCAAAGGCAUUGGGAGCAAAAGUCAUUGCUUGUUGUGGGUCAAACGAAAAAUUAGAGAUAGCAAAGGAAUAUGGAGCAGAUUAUGCUAUAAAUUAUAAAGAAAAUAAAGAUUGGUAUAAAGAUGUACUUAAAAUUACCAAUGGUCACGGCGUAGAUGUUGUUUACGACCCUGUUGGAAUGAUUCAGCCUUCCAUAAAAUGUAUUGCAUGGAAUGGACGAUUGGUGGUGAUUGGAUUCGCAGCUGGUAACAUUGAAAAGAUUCCAAUGAAUUUGGUUCUACUGAAAAAUAUUUCGUUAACUGGGUUGCAUUGGGGCGAGUAUUCAAAACAUGAUGAACAAGAAACAAUUCAAAUGGUUUGGAAUGGAAUUUUUGAUUUGCUUAAAAAGAAAGAAUUAAAACCUUUAAUUUACAAAAAAAUAUACUAUGGAUUAGAAAAUAUUAAAGUGGGUUUGAACGAUAUUGCAUCUAGAAAAACUUUUGGUAAAGUAAUUGUUAUACCUCAUCAACAAUCACAACAAAUAAAAAGUAAACUUUAG